AAAGAGCGGAUGUGGAUUCAUCUUUCUCGUGACAGUUACAUUAGGGUUUACAUCGAAGAAGAUCCUGGCUUGCUGGCUGGCGGAGACCAAAAAUAAAUAUAAAUAAAAACUCUUUCAGUCUGAUCUUUAUCAUCAACAGGAGAAGACUCACUCUCGCUCCGAUUUCUGAUAUCUCUGCACUUUGCUUUCUAGGGUUUACAUGACUUCUAAAUGGAGAUUUCCUAUAUCUUCUCCGACAGUUUCUCCUCCUCAUCGUUCCUUAUAGCCCUACUUCUCACCGCUAUCUGUUGCUGCUACGGUAUCCUCUCCAUUCGAUUGAAACCUAAUUCACCUCGUUCUGACGGCGGUGACAACACUUCGCUCGGACUGACUUGUGAUUGCAUCUGCUCCUGCGAAAUCGGUACAAUUACGGGAGUCACGACGACGAUCUCCAAGGAUUUUGAUUCGACGAUUGCAAGGGAGGAGACACAUUCGAACGGGGGUGUUAAGCCGGCUAAAUUAGCGUUGGUGGAACGACAAACGGGUGCCUCCAUGAUGGAACAGCUGGUUCCGGAAAUCACCACUUAUAUGCUCAGUUAUUUGGAUUAUCCCAGUCUUUGCAGGCUCUCUAUGACCAAUUCUGUGAUGCGUAAGGCUGCUAACGAUGAUAAUGCUUGGAAAGCACUUUAUCGCAAGGAUUUUGCAUUGGAACAGAACAGCAUAACGCCAGUAAAUGGUUGGAAGGCAUAUUAUGCAGUUACAAAAGCAAUUUUGAACGCUAAUACAGAAUUCUAUAACUUAGUCAGAGACAGAUCACUCCAAGGAAUGGGUAGCCUUUGGCUUAACGCAGACUAUGUGAAAUGUAUCCAUAACUCGGGAGAGUACUUUUCAGGAUACAAUGCAGUAAUGGGGAGCUGGGAGCUUGCAUUUAAUUGGGAAGGAGUUGAUUUUGAGGUUCAAGAUCGAUGUAUAAGAGUAGUAAGAGAUAUGGCAUGGGUCACAAUGAAGACUUAUGUUGAAAACACUGAUGAGGUAGGAGGGCCUCCAUACAGAUGCAACGCCAUCAAUAUUUUCGAGUUCAGUAAUGGUCGUUGGCACUUGGUUAAUCAUCACAGUUCUAUACUCCAAGAUGGCGAGCAUCCGUUUUUACUGGGUUGAAGAAUUAUGUUUUUUGUUUUUGGUUUUUUACUUUUUACAUUACUCUUGACUAACUUCUUCUCAUCAUUAUGUACUAGUGUUUUGAAUCAACUUCUUACUUACUGAAGGCUAAAUGUUACAUACUAUAUACUCAUUGCUGAGCAUGUUCAUAAAUAAUUUUAUUUCACCAUAUUAUUAAACUCAA